CGCUGGUGUUACUUUAUACUCCGUACAAUCCAAUUCUGUCCCUUACUUCCAGUAGCCGAUCCGGAUACUGUCACCAACAGCUUUUCAAAACCUCUCCUCAUUUAUUGGCUUUGUAUUCUUUGUCACAUCUAUUCUUCCAAAUCUCCAUCUUCUUCUUCUUCGAUUCUCAAUGCUGCUUCAAACCACAAGAAAAGUGAAGAGAUCAUCUCUCUCUGAAUAUAAACUGCUCUCCUCUCUCAUCAACCCUUUGUCUACAGUACCCAACCUAGACCGAUUCCCAUAUCACUCAGUAGCACCAUCAGUCGAUUCCACUCUUCUCUCUCCUUCUCCUAAACCCCACGCCAAUCCGACCCCGAUUGACUAUGCAUCUCUCCUCCAAUCUUGUAUAGCUCGAAGAGCGAUCGAACCCGGAAAACAGCUUCACGCCCACCUCUGCCUCACUGGAAUGGGAUACAACACUAGUUUAGCCACCAAGCUUGUGCAUCUGUACUGUGUUUGUGACUCCACAUCGAAUGCCCACCACCUGUUCGACAGAAUUCCCAACAACAAUAUAUUUCUUUGGAAUGUUUUGAUUCGUGGGUACGCUUGGAAUGGGCCUUACGAGGUGGCAAUCUCUCUCUACUACCGAAUGCUUGAUUACCGUAUAGCUCCCGAUAACUUCACUUACCCAUUUGUCCUCAAGGCAUGCUCUGCACUAUCUGCAAUCGAUGUGGGGAGAGACGUUCACGAGCAUGCGAUACGUACUGGGUGGGAAAUGGAUGUCUUUGUUGGUGCAGCUCUUAUUGAUAUGUAUGCAAAGUGUGGUUGUGUUCGUGAUUCUCGUCUAGUGUUUGAUAAAAUUCAAGUCAGAGACGUUGUCAUGUGGAAUUCUAUGCUAGCUGCUUAUUCGCAAAACGGGUGCCCAGAGGAAUGCUUGUCCCUUUGUGGUGAAAUGUCGUUGGCCGGAGUAAGGCCCACUGUCGCGACUCUUGUCACUGCUAUCUCCUCUUCUGCUGAUGUGGCAGCCCUUCCCCAAGGGAGAGAGCUUCAUGCGUUUAGCUGGAGACAUGGUUUUGAAAUCCAAGACAAGGUGAAAACUGCCCUAGUUGAUAUGUACGCGAAAAGUGGUUCUGUGAAGGUUGCUAGGAACUUGUUUGAGAGGCUUGUGGACAAAAGAAUUGUUUCUUGGAAUGCGAUAAUAACUGGAUACGCAAUGCACGGUCAUACUGGCGAAGCACUUGAGUUGUUCAAUCAGAUGAUUGGAGAAGCUAGGCCAGAUCACAUAACUUUUGUGGGUGUUCUCUCAGCAUGUAGACAUGGCCGUUUGAUAGAUGAAGGACGGAAAUUCUUUGAAUCAAUGAGUAGAGAUUACAAAGUAGAACCAACCGUUCAGCAUUACACAUGCAUGGUUGAUCUUCUAGGCCAUUGUGGUCGGUUGGAUGAGGCUUAUAAUCUAAUAACGCAGAUGAGAGUGGUACCAGAUUCCGGCGUUUGGGGUUCUUUACUCAAUUCAUGCAAAAUCCAUGGAAAUGUGGAGUUAGGGGAACUGGCAUUAGAGAGGCUGAUAGAGCUGGAACCUGACGAUGCUGGCAAUUAUGUCAUUUUAUCAAACAUUUACGCUCAAGCUGGGAAGUGGGAAGGAGUUGCAAAGCUGAGGAAACUAAUGACAGAUAGAGGACUAAAGAAAAGCGUUGCUUGUAGCUGGAUUGAAGUGAAAAACAAAGUCCAUGCAUUUCUUUCUGGCGAUACCUCACAUCCUAUGGCUGAUGAUAUAUAUGCGGAGCUAGAAAGGGUGGGAGUGCUAAUGGCAGAGGCGGGUUAUGUCCCGAAUACAUCACCUGUUUUCCACGAUGUAGACGACGAUGAGAAGACUAGAAUGGUGUGCAGUCACAGUGAGAGGCUAGCAAUUGCUUUUGGACUUAUUAGCACACCCCCUGGAACCAAGCUUUUGGUAACCAAGAACCUUCGGGUGUGUGAAGAUUGCCAUGUGGCAAUCAAGUUUAUCUCAAAGAUUACACAAAGGGAAAUUACAAUCAGAGAUGUCAACCGUUAUCAUCAUUUUAAAGAUGGGGUGUGUUCAUGUGGUGAUCACUGGUAAGUGGUAUGAGAAGUGGGCAUAACUUCUGUGGUAAUGAAAUCACUAGCUCCAUGAAUAUUUCAGAAUCCAGGAGGUUACCCGAAAAUAUAGCGAAGGAUUACUUCAAUGAGGAAAUGAGUUGACGCUAAAUAAGAAUUUGAGUGCAUUUUUAACUCCAUGGAGCACCCGUGAAUCGGUCAAUUGUGACGACCACGUGGAUGGAAUGGACAGAGCUCUUGGACAAGUUUGUACAGCGAAAGGAACAUUUGAUGUAUACUACCAGUUCACCAUUUUAGCUUCCUUCGUUUCACAUCCAUACACAGCAUCAACCGAGUUUAAUGCGGUUCAUCGUUUAAUAAAAAGUUUCAGAAAAUUUCAUCCGAUUUCUUUUCCAGGAUGGGUAACGUGCUUGAGGUUGACACAUGUCCUUUGGCUCAUAAGCUGUUUGGGAAAUUCAUGGAACAAUUUAUGGUUCAGGUCUAUCCAUUGACGGAGAGAAAUUUGUUCUGGCCCCUCAUUGUGGCUCGUUUUCUAUGUUACCUUUGUCUUGGAACAUGAAGACUAUACACUGCUGGAGGUAUAUCUUUCUGUAAUUUUUUAUUUUUUAUUUUUGGUUUCUCAGACAUUUUUUUGGUGGCUGUAUACUUUACAUCAAGUUUCAAAGCUUAUGAUGUUGCUUCCUUUAAA